AAACGGUUAGGAAAAGAAAAUCUUCAGCUGGACACGCUUGAGUGAGAAACAUGUGCAGUAAUGUCGUGGCUCUGAGCUGAAAGUGUGUACUUGGAUAAAACAUUAACAUUCGCUAUGGAGUACAUGCAAGCUCCAGCAUCAAGCAGCCAAGGCAAUAUCCUCUGCUGCACAUGUGGCAUCCCCAUUCCCCCGAACCCAGCUAACAUGUGCGUGUCCUGCCUGAGGACGCGGGUGGACAUCUCCGACGGAAUCCCGAAGCAGGUCUCCGUCCAUUUCUGCAAACAGUGCGAACGAUACCUGCAGCCUCCAGGCACGUGGGUUCAGUGUGCUUUAGAGUCCCGUGAGCUGCUCACUCUCUGCCUGAAGAAAAUAAAGAGCUCAAUGUCAAAGGUGCGGCUCAUCGACGCGGGAUUCGUGUGGACGGAGCCGCAUUCUAAAAGGAUCAAGUUGAAGCUCACCAUUCAGAAAGAGGUAAUGAAUGGCGCCAUCCUGCAGCAGGUGUUUGUGGUGGAUUUCAUCAUUCAGUCGCAGAUGUGUGACGACUGCCAUCGGGUGGAAGCCAAGGAUUACUGGAAGGCCGUCGUGCAAGUUAGACAGAAGACAGUGCACAAGAAGACCUUCUACUACCUGGAGCAGUUGAUUCUGAAGCACAGAGUGCACCAGAACACACUUCGUAUCAAGGAAAUCCACGAGGGCAUUGAUUUCUACUACAGCUCCAAGCAGCAUGCUCAAAAGAUGGUGGAUUUCUUGCAGUGUAUGGUUCCAUGCAGAUCGAAGUCUUCGCAGCGUCUGAUCUCUCAUGAUGUUCACUCGAACUCCUACAACUACAAAAGCACCUUCUCCGUAGAGAUCGUGCCUAUCUGUAAGGACAAUGUGGUGUGUCUGUCUCCACGUCUGGCUCAGAGCAUGGGAAACCUCGGUCAGGUGUGCGUGUGCAUCCAGGUGACCAGCACGGUGCACCUCAUUGACCCGAACACACUGCAGCUUGCAGAGAUAGAUGCAAACACGUACUGGCGUCACCCGUUUAACAGCCUCCUGAACCCGCGCCAGCUGGAGGAGUUUAUCGUCAUGGACAUCGACAUGAUCAGGGACCAGCGAUUAGGAGCCGGAGCUGGCCUGAGAUCCAACCGGCACACCUUGGCUGAAGUCUGGGUUCAGAAGACCAGCGAGAUGAACACCAGUCAGCAGUAUCACUGCCGAACACACCUGGGUCACCUGCUCAACAUCGGAGACCUGGUGCUGGGCUACGACUUUGCCAACUCGAACCUCAACGACGAGUUUCUAAACAAGAUGAAUCCUCACCAUGUGCCUGAUGUGGUUCUGAUUAAGAAGAGCUACGACAGGACAAAGAGAAUCAAGCGCAGGAACUGGAAGCUGAAGGAGCUGAACAGGGACAGAGAAGGCAUGGACACCGAUGAUGAAAGGCAAUACCAGGACUUCUUGGAGGAUCUUGAGGAAGACGAAUCCCUGCGUAAGAACGUCAACAUCUUCAAAGACGCCUCCAAGAUUCCCGUGGAGAGCGACACAGAUGACGAAGGCAUACCGAGGAUCUCCCUGGCAGAGAUGAUGGAGGACCUGAAUCUCAACGAUGCCACCGGAGGAGAAGGGGCAGACAUGAUGACUGAUUAGAUAACACGAUAAACACUCAGGGUGAAGAGAGGAAAAAAAGCAGUGAUCCAAAAAGGAUGUGGCAGUUCAGGGGGUUUGUUUUCCUUUUGUGCUUCAACACACCUUCUGAAAGGAUAGAUAAUUAGUGCAAGCUGUACCAGGAAACACACGACUGAUGAUGUGCAGGAUUCCCUGUCGUAUCGGAAGCUACGGGCAUGUUUCUGAGAAAUUCACGGUUUGUUCUGAUCAAGUAAAAGUGGAACGUUUUAUUUUUUUCCCCUAAUACAAUAAUCUUAUAAUAAUCUAAUGAUAUUGAAAUAUUAAUUUGAGUGUUCUGGCAAAGGACUUCUUGAAGUUGUGUGUAGUGUGGUGAUGAAUGCUUCACCAUAACAAAUAAAAACCCUGACUAAUGAA